AUCUUCACGAUUACAUUGUACAAAGUGUGUGUUCGACUUGCCUUUGGGACAAAGGACAGCUUGUUUCAUUUUCCAUUGUUCUGACUGUGCCGCGCGUCACAAAAUGAAGACGGCUUGCUGGUUUCGUUUUGGCCUCGCUGCCCUCGUGUUUGCUUCUCUGUGCAGUCUCUCUAAAGCAGAUGAAGACGAGGGAUGUCCACGGGACGACGGCACGACAACUCGACACUGCUUGAAGAGAUGUGCUACAGACGCGGACUGUGUCAGUUCCAAGAAGAAAUGUUUGUGUGACGGAGAAUGCGGCAGAAGCUGUAUAAACCCAAAUCUGCGGUGUCGUGGUCUCAACACCAAGGUGGAAAACGGACUGGUCGAGAUCAUCCCUUUUAACAAAUUCGGUGCCCUGGCAAAGUACCAGUGUAAUGACGGGUACAUUUUACACGGAAAGUCACAUCGGGUUUGUCAAGGAGACGAGACUUGGAAAGGCGACGAACCAAGAUGUGAGCUGAACAGAAACAUAGGUGAUUAUGAAUGUCAUACCCCACCUCUGGUACACCAUGCCCAGCAUAACGGAGCCGGGGCACAGAACUUCCCCCUGGGGACCAUGUUGCGGUACACCUGCAACGAAGACUUUACGGCACCUGAGGGCAGCAUCGAUACAGCCUGGUGCGUGGGUGGGGGUGUCUGGGUGGGACCUAACAUGACCUGUGCACAUGCCGGAUGUCCGCUUCUACCCUCUAUAGAUUUCGGCGAAGUGGAGAUUGUGCCACCGAAUAUGAUUGGCUCUAAGGCUAUCUACUCCUGUCUGCCCGGAUACUAUUUGGCUGGACGUAAAGAGCGAACCUGUACGCCGGACGGAAAAUGGGACGGAAAGGAGCCCAGCUGUGAACGAGUUUCAUGUGGCCUACCGCCGGAUUUCCCUAACGCUAACCACGACGCACCCCGAGGUCAGACCUCCUUCCCCUCGGGCACUCAGCUAAACUACGAGUGUGAGUUUGGUUUCUACAAGGACGGUUACGAGAAGGCCAUGUGCAGCGGGGACGGCGAGUGGAUCGGACCUAGACUCACCUGUUCAGCACGGAGCUGUGGUUACCCGGGUGAUAUUCUGAACGGUUGGAAGGAGGGUUACAAAUUCACCUACCCUAGCCGCGUCACAUACCACUGUAAUGAGGGCUACGAGCUGAUUGGACGACCUCACAGGGUUUGUUCAGCCAAUGGGGAAUGGUCUGGCGCCGUGCCAGUCUGCCAAGGCUAUCGUGUGAUUGGCUCAGCAAAACGCCGAUGCCAGGCGGAUGGAGCUUGGAGCGGGCACGACCCCUUGUGUCAAGAGAUCAACUGUGGCAGACCACCGCCAUUAUGGAAUGGAUACCUGGAUGGCCACAAGACCUCCGUGGGGUCAGUCUUCUUCUUCCGCUGUAACGUCCGGACUGUGUUUGACGGACCCUCCUUUUCCACGCAGUGCCAGGAGAACGGGGAAUGGUCCUACCCACUGCCCAAGUGCUGGGGUCAGUGUCAGGUCCCAGCUAUAGCUAACGGUACCGUCGUGGAGGGACGCGAAGCAGUCUGGGUGGACCAUGGCAUAGCCAUCCAGUUUGAAUGUUUAAACGGUCUCGUCCUGAACGACACGUCGACAGUCACAUGCAAGAACGGCACGUGGACGGUAAUCCCGCACUGCAAACCCUCCCCUUGUGUCAGUCCGCCACCCAAGGUAGCUAACGGACGGCGGGUGUUUUUCGGCCAGGAGCACGGGGACAGGGCCCGUUACAGUUGCCUGGUUGGGCACACCCUGCGGGGUCGCUUCCUAAGGUGUCACUACGGCAAGUGGAUGGGGCAGAAACCACAGUGUGACGAAUCAUACUGCCCAUCCCCCGGAGAACUGGAUCAUGGGAAAAUCUACAAGCGAGGCUCCAUGGGAAAAUUUCCCUUCUACUCUUACAUCGUCCAUAUCAAACAUGGCGACAAACUAGAGUACGAGUGCGAGCGAGGCUACAAGCUGAUUGGUCCGAGCGGAGCCACGUGUGUCAAUUCAAAAUGGAGUCCGAAGGAAAAGCCCCUUUGUGUCAAGGGACGCCACCCUGUCUUACACAAACCCUGGCUACACAAGAAGGUCGAUCGAAACUUCAUUUAGAGAAAGAUGGAAACAAAUUAGUCACUUUGGAAAAAGAAUCAUUCAAUAAAAUAAGGCUACCCCAAGAUAGUGAUGAGCUUUCAUAUUUUCAUCGUUUUGAACAAUGUCUCACCGUUAUAUUCCAUGACGUCGUGUUUUUAAACACCAGAUCUAAGGUAAACUUUAGAAGCAGAAAAUCCUGUGACAAAGAAGCUGUAACAUGGUAGUUUUCCAAAGGAGACAAGCCUCAUAACUCACUUGUUUUUCUGAAGGCACCAACGGAAACAUAAAACAUAAAACUGCAGAACAUUGUUUGAGCAAAGCUUUGAUGUCGUACACUAUAGUGACAUCUUCACAGUGCCAUGAAACACACAAACUCCGCUCAGUGAACUAUGCCAUAACGAUGUGAAGCUAUUUUUUUCUAUGUCAAGCUAUUUGCAUUUUUCACAUCAUGGGAGAGAACUCUGUCUUCUCCAUCUACCUGUACAAACACUAUGGUGAUUUUUCC